AUGGCCGAGAAGCGGAGGGGAUCGCCGUGCAGCAUGCUGAGCCUCAAGGCGCACGCCUUCUCCGUGGAGGCGCUGAUCGGCGCGGAGAAGCAGCAACAGCUUCAGAAAAAGCGGCGAAAGUUGGGCGCAGAAGAGGCCACCGCAGCUGGAGAUGAUGGAGGCUGCAGCCUCGGCGGCGGCGCGGACGAAAAGGGCUCCUCCGAGGGAGACGAAGGCGCGGCGCAGCCACCAGCCGCCGGGUCCGCGUCCGGGCCCGCCCGGAGCUGCGCAAACCUGGAGCGGAGCUGCGGCUCCCGCGAAGCCUCGGGCGGCUGUGAGGACGGCUUCCUGCAGGGUGCGUCCCCGCUGGCGUCGCCUGGAGGCUCCCCAAAGGGCUCCCCAGCCCCUGCCCUGGCUCGGACUGGUACUCCGCUGCCUUCACCACAGGCCCCGCGGGUGGAUCUACAGGGAGCAGAGCUUUGGAAACGCUUCCACGAGAUCGGCACGGAGAUGAUCAUCACCAAGGCGGGCAGGCGCAUGUUUCCAGCAAUGAGAGUCAAGAUCUCAGGAUUAGAUCCCCACCAGCAAUAUUACAUUGCUAUGGAUAUUGUACCAGUCGACAACAAAAGAUACAGGUAUGUUUACCACAGCUCUAAGUGGAUGGUGGCCGGUAACGCUGACUCCCCUGUGCCACCUCGGGUGUACAUUCAUCCAGACUCACCCGCCUCAGGGGAGACUUGGAUGAGACAAGUGAUCAGCUUCGACAAGCUCAAGCUCACCAACAAUGAACUGGAUGACCAAGGCCAUAUUAUUCUGCAUUCUAUGCACAAAUAUCAACCACGAGUCCACGUUAUCCGUAAAGACUGCGGAGACGAUCUUUCCCCCAUCAAGCCCGUUCCGUCUGGGGAAGGAGUGAAGGCUUUCUCCUUUCCAGAAACUGUGUUCACAACAGUCACUGCCUAUCAGAAUCAGCAGAUUACUCGCUUGAAGAUAGAUAGGAAUCCAUUUGCCAAAGGUUUCCGAGACUCUGGACGUAAUCGAAUGGGUUUGGAAGCCCUUGUGGAGUCAUACGCGUUCUGGAGGCCUUCACUACGGACUCUUACCUUUGAAGAUAUUCCUGGAAUUCCCAAGCAAGGAAAUUCAAGUUCUUCCACAUUACUCCAAGGUUCUGGGAAUGGUGUGCCUGCCACCCACCCUCAUCUUUUGUCUGGCUCUCCUUGCUCCUCUCCUGCCUUCCAUCUGGGUCCCAACACCAGCCAGCUGUGUAGUCUGGCCCCAGCUGACUACUCCGCCUGUGCACGCUCCGGUCUCACCCUCAACCGCUACAGCACAUCCUUGGCCGAGACCUACAACAGGCUCACCAGCCAGACCAGCGAGACCUUUGCCCCACCCAGGACUCCCUCCUAUGUGGGCGUGAGCAGCAGUGCCUCUGUGAACAUGUCCAUGGGUGCUACUGAUGGGGACACCUUCAGCUGCCCACAGACCAGCUUGUCCAUGCAAAUUUCGGGGAUGUCCCCCCAGCUUCAGUACAUCAUGCCUUCACCCUCCAGCAAUGCCUUUGCCACUAAUCAAACCCAUCAGAGUUCCUAUAACACUUUCAGGUUACACAGCCCCUGUGCUUUGUAUGGAUAUAAUUUCUCCACAUCCCCCAAACUGGCUGCCAGUCCUGAGAAAAUUGUUUCUUCCCAAGGAAGUUUCUUGGGGUCCUCACCAAGUGGGACCAUGACCGAUCGACAGAUGUUGCCCCCUGUGGAAGGAGUGCACCUGCUUAGCAGUGGGGGUCAGCAGAGUUUCUUUGACUCUAGGACCCUAGGAAGCUUAACUCUGUCAUCAUCUCAAGUGUCUGCACAUAUGGUCUGAUGAAGCCUUUAAGUUAAACUACAGUUGAAUUGGUCUAAUGUAUUUUCUUUCUUUGUUUUUUCUCCUUUUUUUUUUUAAGCAAUAUGAAAAGAAACUUUCAGUAGCUUUUAAAAUGUACAUAUAAUAAUAGGAAAUGAAGGCUCACCGAGUUUUACUUUCUCAUGGUGAGAUUGUAAUUACCUAUGGAAUAUAUGUGUUCCGUAUGUAGCACAUGGAGUUGUGUGGCCUCUAUUUUUUCCCUAGUUCAUCAAGUUGCACAGAGUAUUGGCAUAAAUGUAGUAUGUUUAACCAGAGUUUUCAAAUUCUUCCAAAAUCCAAAUGGCAAACCUAAAACUUGGCAAUGACACAAACCAGACUAAGAUUUAUAACAAUUUAUCAGAAAAAUGCUCCAUACAGUUCCAUACUUGAGUGUUGAUAGUCAACAGUAACCAGCACAGAGCCUUGUGAUUUCUGUUAUUCUUGGACCCAGUGUGAGAACCUAAAAUGCAGAGGCCAGUGAAUUCUUAGUAUUCGUUCUGAGGUAUUUGUAAUCAUGAAGGAUUAGCUGUUAUGUUCCUGUUUGAUUGUAUUUGCCAUAGAUAUUCAGCAACUCUGGGUCUACAAAAUCCAUAACCCAUAAUGAUUAUUUUCUAAAGGAAGGUGGAGAGAGCUUAUGAUAUUUUUUUCAUUAUCUGUUGGGCCCAUAAGAGGUAUUUAUUCAUCUGCAAGAAAAUAAAUUUCCAGUAUCCGAGAUAU